CAAACUUCGAUGUAUUCCGCUCUUCCAAAGGUAAAACUCAAAUUUUUCUUUAACACGCAGUUCUAGAGGGACACAGAUUUUUUAAAAUAAUCAUGGAUGACAGAACUAUAGAUCAGAUUUUCGCCGGUUCAUUGGAAAGUUUACCUCCCGUCAGUUCGAAAAUUGUGAGGAUAUUUACUAGUUCGACUUUUACUGAUACAACAAUGGAAAGGAAUACAUUAAUGGCAAAAUGUUAUCCAAAAAUUAAAGAUUACUGCAGAGAAAAACACGGACUUGAAUUUCAGGUCGUCGACAUGAGAUGGGGUGUUAGAGAUGAAGCAACAGACGAUCAUAUGACCACAGAACUGUGCAUGAAAGAAAUACAGAAUUGUCAAAGAUUAUCUAUGGGUCCAAAUUUUGUGGUCUUUUUGGGACAGAAAUACGGAUACCGGCCUAUCCCAACAUAUAUCCUAACUUCAGAAUUAUUACUAAUCAGAGACGAACUUGCUGCCACUGGUCACGACCCAACGUUGAUUGACAUUUGGUACAAAAAAGAUGCGAAUGCAGUACCACCAAUAUCAGUGUUACAACCUAUAUCUUCUAUUCUUAUUAAUUUUAAUAAUAAGAGAAUUCCCAAGUUACAAGCUGAAGAUCAAGCUAAAUGGUGGGAUAUUUUGGGAAAAUUUCAAAAAUUAUUCAGGAAAGCUGCCGCAUCAUUAAAUCAACAAGGUAAAAUGGACAAUGAUGCCACGCACAAUUAUUUUAUGUCAGUAACUGAACGUGAAGUCAUCAAUGGUGUCCUCAGCGUCAAAGACACCAAGAACCACUGCCUAGCUUAUAUCAGAUACAUAAACAAUAUUAACUUACAAAACCUUAAGAAAGCCUCGUUAUUUGUCGACAUCAUUAAUAGAAGUUUAGAUACAGAAUCGGCUAAAUUAUUAGGUAAUUUAAGAGAUGAGAGAUUGCCUAAUAAGAUCGAGACGAGCAACAUUCAAAAGUACAAUGUAGAAUGGAUUGGUAGAGAAGGUCUUGAUCCAGAAACCCACGAAGAAUAUUUGAAGCAUUUUAUAACCCACUUCUAUAAAAACAUUGUAAAACUGGUGGAUAGAGCAAUGAGAAAAGAAGAUUCUAGUGCCCAGGGUCAAAUAGUUACAGAAAUUUUGCAACACUUGCACGCUUGCAACAAUUCCGUACAGGUUUUUUAUGGAAGAGAAGAUAGUUUGGAACAUAUACAUCACUAUAUGUUGGAUGACAGUGACAAAUGUUUAAUUUUAUAUGGGGAAGGAGGAUGCGGAAAAACGUCUUUGCUAGCUAAAUCAGCUAGUUUGUCUACCAGUAAAGAUUGGUUUCAAGGUGCUAGACCAAUUAGCAUCGUUAGGUUUUUAGGUACUACCCCAGACUCAUCAGCCUUGACACCAACGUUAAUAUCAAUUUGCCAACAAAUUUCCUAUAACUUCAUGUUACCGUUUGAUGGUAUACCAGAUGAUUUAGUUCCUUUGACCGCCCAUUUUAAACAAUUAUUAACGAUGGCAACAAAGAUGCAACCACUGUUACUAUUUCUGGAUUCCGUAGAUCAACUUACAGGGACUCAAGACGCUAAUAAAGUAUCCUGGUUGCCAACCAGAUUACCACCUAACUGUAAGAUUAUAGUUUCUUGUGCUUGUGAGGAAAGCAAUGCGGAGGUGUCAAAGGAGUAUCACAUUCUACGAAGGAUGAUAGAUGUUGACGAAAACUUUAUUGAAGUAAAAGCGUUAGGCGAAGAAUUAGCAAUGAGAGUAAUCAAAAUGUGGAUGCAAACAGCGCAUAGAGAUUUAACCAACUAUCAAUGGCGACUGGUCUCAAACGCAAUUGAAAAAUGUAGCUUACCAAUAUUUGUGAAACUAGUUUUUGCCGAAAUCUGUCGUUGGAGAAGUUACACAAAAUCUCAAGAUACUCAUUUAGCUUCUACUGUCAUGGAUUCCAUUAUGAUGUUAUUUGAAAGAAUCGAAAAGCAGCAUGGUAGAAUUUUGGUAUUUCACGCCUUAGCUUACAUUACUGCCGCUAAAAGUGGUCUUUCCGAAUCCGAAUUGGAAGACUUAAUAUCUUUGGAUGACAAAGUCUUAGACGAUGUCUAUCAAUACCAUUUACCACCUGUACGUCGAAUUCCACCUCUUCUUUGGACAAGAAUACGGAACGAUUUGCCCAAUUAUCUAUCAGAAAGAGAAGCAGAUGGUGUAAAUGUCAUGAACUGGUAUCAUAGACAAUUUCGUGAUACGGCAAAGGAAAGAUAUUUCAAGAAUAUGAAUAUGGCAUUUUAUUUUCAUUCAAUGAUUGCUGAUUAUUUUCUUGGAAUUUGGGGAGGUGGAAAACCGAAACCUUUUAAAUAUACUGAGAUACAACGGCAUAGAUUUAAUUUAACCGACAAAGAAGGAGUUGCAGAUAGAAAAGUUCCUGUACAACCAUUAGUGUUUUAUUCAAAAGACGGAAAAGUAUCCAGAUACAAUUUAAGAAAGUUUGGGGAAUUACCUUUUCAUCUUGUCAGGUCCAGAAGAUUCAAAGAUCUAUAUGACAAUGUGUUAUUUAAUUACGAAUGGCUACAUGCAAAACUAUCGAGCUGUCCUCUUCAAGCAGUGUUGGUAGAUUACGAAGAUGCAUGUGCUUUUAUAGAAGAUAAAGAAUCAAAAAGGGAACUUAUGCUGGUAGCCGAUGCCCUAAGACUAGGUGGUGCAGUUUUGGGACAGUAUCCUAAUAUGUUAGCACCUCAACUAAUUGGACGUUUGUUGCCGGAAGUGGGCCAUAAUCCGAACAUUAAAAUGUUAUUGAAUGACUGUGAUCUAAAAGGACCAGUUCAUUGUUCUCUGUUGCCUUUGUAUCAUUGCCUACAUACUCCUGGUGGACCUCUAAAGUAUUCUUUGGAAGGUCAUCAGUUCGCAGUGUUUUCGAUCUGCCUCACAUCUGACUACAGAUAUGUAGUUUCAGUUUCGAAUAGGUUUAUAACAUGGGACUUGUCCACCAGUGACCUAACUAGAGAUGUGAAUCCGAAUAUUGAGGGAAUAAUGCAACACUUGGUAUUGAGUCCGGACAAUAAGUGGGCUGCUGCGUAUACAAAUAAUAAUCAGACAAUUCUGCUCAAUAUGCUAUCAAGUGAAUUCGUAACUAUCGACAAUCCACUCCUGGAUGAAAGCGCAGUGACAGGAAUAUACCUCCUAAACCAUAACCUUUACAUAUACGGCAGAGAUACUUGGAUCAAAUUUGACAUGAGGGGAACAAGGCAGGACGAGUACCGUUCCCCGCUGGAUAUGUCAGACUGGAGUAUAUUACACAUGGAGUUUGAUAAUAAAGAGGAAUAUCGAAUUAUCUUUUGGAAAGAUAACUUAGAUGAUGAUCGAAUGUCACUAUUUUUACACUCUGAAGGAGAUUUUGAGUAUUUGGAGUUCCACAGUGCGAUUGUAUUUGUAAAAGAUAAAUCUGUUUUGUAUACAUGCACUACACCAGAUACCUAUCUAGUUUCGAAAUAUGAAAAAAAUACAGAAUCAAAAAUAUGGUACAAAGUAGAGGACUUACCGAGAACAUCAAAUGACGAUACUGAGGCUAUUUUACAGCUGAAAUUGGACAAACACGACAAUAUAUUAUUUGGUACAACUAAUAAUGGAUUUGUUAUUUGGGAUUUUAAUGAAGAAAGAAAUUACGAAAAUGUAGUCAGUUUAAGUCUUCCAUACGGUACAAGAAACAUCACUACAAAAAUGUCACAAUCUAACUCUAUAACUUUGAGUGCACACAAGAAUUAUGCCAUUGCAGGAGUGAGAAAAAAUCUAUAUGUGUGGAGCAUGGAAACAAAAAAGUUGGUUAAGGUUUUGGAUGCACAUUUUGGACGUAUAAUCCAAUUGGAACCAUUGACCGUAGGUAACUGGAACAGCAUUGUUACAUCUUCUAUAGAUCGAACGGCAAAAGUAUGGAACAUAAACAAUAUUUUCGAAACAGUCCAUGUGAUAGACAGACAUGAACUACAAGUAGAUUCUAUAAGCUUAUCAGAUAAUUUAAGUUUGGCUGUAACAGCUACCAGAAAUUGUGUAGGUGUUUGGGACCUUCGAGUAGGUAAACUAACCGCAAAAUUGGCAGACAGUCCUUUGGGUGCUAUAGUUACCCAAGCAAUCAUUACUCCAGAUGGAAAGUACAUAAUGUCAGCAGAGUCUGGAAAUAUUUUAAUAUGGUUAAGACUCACUCAACAAGUGAUCUUUAAAGAAGAACAACCUGGAAUCAGGCAGUUAACUCUUGUGGAUAGUGGUACAAAGAUUAUUUCAAUAUCAAAACCCAGUAAUCCUCCAGGAACAGAUUGUGUCCGAACUGUAGCUACAGUUUGUGUAAGGGAAAUACCAAAUGGUGAAAUGGUAUACAGCUUUGAAUAUCCUGUAAGAAGUAUUACAGGAGUUCCAUUUAGACCAGCUGUUGUUACUUCCGAUAAUCAACAUUUGGUAAUGUCAGGAGCUGAUAAAACAAACAGAGAUUGCAUUUUUGUAUACAAUGCUCAGAAUGGCACUUUUGUACACAGAAUACCACUAAAAAUGUGUGCGAUUAAGGAUGUAGCUGGACUGGUGGCUAUGCCUCACAAAGGUCACUUAGUUGCUGUAAUGACAACAGAUAAAGGAGCAAUAAUUGACAUAAGGUCUAAAAAAUAUUUACGUACAGUUCCAAAAUGGGGUGGUAGUAUAACUAAAGAUGGAAAGUAUGGAUUGUAUGCUCCAUCAAGAGGAGGACUGGAAUUAAUAGAGUUGAAGAAAGGUCAAACAUUUAGAACUUUCAUACCCAAAGUUGCAGAAGGUGUGUUUUCUAUAAUUUGUCGAUUUAACAGUACUGACGAGUAUGUACUCUACUAUCAUAGUGGGAGAAAAACAUUACGAGUGUUUAGAACCUCUGAUGCUGAAAUUGUAGCAAAUUAUAGAGUUCAAGCAGAGCUUACAGCUGUUGAAAGUACUCCAGACGGAAAAGCAUUAGUGCUCGGUACUGUAGAUGGAUGUGUCUCAGUUUUAGCUAUUGUUGACACCAGCAAAGAUGACAUGAAUCAAUAUUUAUCAGAAAUGCCCUCCAGAGAUGAAGAAUGGAAGAAAAAGGUAGAUAAAAUGAAAGCUCAAACAAGAUUUAAGGCUGUGGGAUCUAUAGCAAGACUAUCUACAACAUUUUCUAAUGAAGCUAAUAAUAAUCAAAUUACUGAAAAUGAAACAGUUAAUGUUAAUUAAAAAUAAAUAUGUAUAAUUAAGAACAAAGAUUAAAAUAGAUAAUUAUUUUAAAGUUUAA